GACAAUCAUUAAGCAACCAACUUUGAAAGCGAGAAGGCACAAAAAGUGCAACGAUUUUUUUUUGGCAUUCGCCAAACGAAAACGACGACGCGUGUGCUGUUGACAGUCGAGUGUGUCUACCUUGAAAGUGUUGCGCGUCCAAAUAUUUCCCCAACUGUUGCGAAAAAAAAAAUAAAAUAAAAUUUUCCAAAAAUAAACGAAAUACCGGACUAAUUCCCAGUAAUAAUUGUCUCAAAAUUUAAACAGAACAAAAAAAAGAUAAUCGAGAAAUCUCCAAACGGAACGCCCCCGCCCUAGCCGCCGCCACCCAAAACAAUCUCUAUUGCUUGCCGAUCGAUUCAUCAUUGGUUUGGCGUCAAUAAAUGCCGAUCAGGCCGGUUUCAUCGAUUUACAACGUGAUUCAUUUUGGCCCAAAACGGCACGCGUUUGUUUGUUUUCUUUAGAAUUGUGUUUUCUUAGUGUAUUUGUUGUUGUUGUCGUUGUUGCUUUGUUGUUUUAACUUCGUGUAUUGGUUUCUAUUUUUGAUUGCUGUUCUAAUUGCCAAUUAACAGUCACCACAGAAAGCAGCAACGAGCGUUUUAGCCAAAUGAAAAGAAGGAGAGAAGAAGGUUGAUUCCUUUGCAUGACACCAAAGCAAAUUAACGAGCUAUCAAUUUGAGAUUGACUAGUUGCCCAUCGAUCGAUUAACACGACAGACUCAUCUUCGAAUCUCAUUCCACAUCGGUAAUCCGCAACGUUAACUGGUGGUCAAGUGGUCGGCAAAAUUUUUAGGAAAUCGUUAACUCGCUGCCGGCACAGGUCUCCAAAACUUCUCACGGAAUACAAACGAGGCACGAUCCAACCACCCACCCAUCCAUUGGCCAACGACAUAGCUCGGUCGGUCAGUGGGCCAUGAAGUGAUAAUAAAUUUAAAAAAAAUUUUGGUGAAUUACACAAUCGCCACUGUGGUGAAUUCUUUUUUUUUUAUAUAAGGUCGUGAGCCGUUUUGCAUUUUGGCAAUUUGAAAUUUCAAGUGAAUGAAAGUGAUUUUCAAGUGAAUAUUAAUUGUUGCCUUGCUACCAUUUUGAGGAGUACGCACGCUCGCACACACGCAUCAGAAGAAAAAAAACAUUUUGUUCAAAAUUCAAUUUGAAAAAAUAUUUCGUUCUCGUGUCGCCUUUGUUCCAUCGAAGAAUCCAAAUCGAUUACGCAAGUGGGAUUUGUACGUUUCUCGCCAGUUACGCGUUAAAAAUACCCUAACAAACCCGCUGAUCGCGAAAAACCAAAACAUCGGCGAACAGAUCAACAUUCACAUUCACAUCCACCCCCACCACCUAUCCCACUACCAGCAAUAGCAUCUACUUAGUACAUGUCAACAUGGGUGAUUUGCUCUCGGAAUUCGGUGAUUUGGUGUUUACACUGGUCAUUGGCUACAUAGGCGCCGUUGAGUUUCUGUAUGUGGUACGUCAUCUCUAUCACUGGUCGUGCAACCAUGACGGCCCCGACCACGAGGAGCAUGACGCAGACAGUUUGGCACGCCUGCAAGAAAGUAUGCGGCAACAGCUGGCCAAUGCCACGGCCACUGAGCAGGCAGCUGGAAAGAAGGCCAUGCGCGAUGGGGUCUUGUACGAGGACGGAUUUCGAACCGAUCCGAAUCAAGCGGACAUCGACAAACUGAAAGAUCAGCUGGCGAAGAAGAGUGCAAAAGACGUGAAACGUCAGGAGUUGGAACAAGAGUUGGACAAUCAAAAGCAAAUUGCGGAGAAUAUACGCAAGGAACUGAAAGAGGCAGAGGCCGAAGUUGCUGAACGUCAAAAGAAAGAGGCGGAAGAAAAUGCGAAGAGAAUACGUGAAGCGGAACUGCAGCGUGAGAGAGAGCAACGAAAGCGCGAAGAAGAAGAGGCCGAAAAGAAACGUCUAGUCGAAGAGAAGCAGCGCAAGCAACGAGAUGAGGAGGAAGAGAAGCGAAAGAAAAAAGCAGAAGAGGAACGCCGACACCAGCAAGAAGCAGAAGAAAAUGCUCGCCGACUGAAAGAGGCCGAAGAACAACGUGAGCGAGAGCAACGUCAACGCGAAGAAGAGGAGGAAAACGCUCGACUGAUUGUCGAAGCAGAACGCCUAAGGGAACAACAGCAACGCGAGGCUGAAGAGCAUGCCGAACGAGAAGAGAAUGAAAGGCGCAUACUGGAAGCCGAACGCCAAAGGGAAGAGGAACAACGAAUGGCUGAAGAAAUGGAAGAAGGGGAACGCAAAAUACUCGACAUAGAACGCAAUCUUGAGGAACAGAUGCACGACUCGGAGGCCAGUGAUGAACUUACCGACAAUGAACGCCAGCUUAUAGCCUCCAUUAAAGAACGUGGGGGUGUUGCCGAACAGCAAGACGAAGCUAGUGAUCAAAGGGAAGCUGAGCUUCUCAAACGUAUUUUGGCAGCUCGCGAACAAUUGGGUGAAGAAUCGGAAGAAGAGCAAAGCCAAAGGCUUUUCGAUUUCGAGCGCGACAAGGAGAAAAAACAAAAACGAAUCGAUGAGAAUGCCCGUCUAUUCCUCGAAGCUGAAAAGGAAAUGGCCGUCUUGCAAGAACAGAUGAUGGAGGCCGUUCAUCAACGUGACUUCGAAUCUGGUGUAGGAAGUGUGCCUCAAACGCCCGUAGUCGAGGAGCCUUGCAUCAAAAAGUCCGUCUGUCUUCUGGAAGAUGACACAUCGCCGAAUGCCCCCGUUUCCCACCGUGUUAAAACCCAAUUGGCUCAAAAUCGUGAUGACCCCUAUUCCAUAUCCAGCAAAUCUCUGCUCUUCCCCGGCAUUUCCGACGAUGCCUCGUCCAAUGAGCCCAUAUCUAGUCAACAGUCUUCCUUCAGCACACAACACUCGGAGGAUAUUACCACAGGCAACGAAUCCCAGUACCCCCAGCAAGAGCGCCAAGAACCCGAAGGAGAAGACACAAGCGGCACACAACAAUACUCCGAUGACUAUCUAAGGUCGCUGGAUGGCAUUAAAGGGCGACCGCUCUCACGUGAAGACCGUUCGGGGCGUCGCGUAGCCUUUAAGAAACGCCGUUCCAGUGGCAGUUCAAACUCUUCGCGUGACUCUCGUACUUCACGCGAUGAAGAAUUGAAGAUGUUCACGUCUUUGGAAGAGGAGGAAAUGCAAGCAGCAAGCCCAUCGCAAUUUGCUCCUAUUCGCUAUAGCAGCGAACCAACUCUCAAGGUAAAGAGUCAUCACCGGCGUCAUAAACGCAGUCCGGCCAAAGACAUGAAAUCUGGCGAAGAUAGUCUACGCAGUUCCCUGGAACGUCUCAACGAAGAGGCGGUCAAUCCUUGGGGCGAUGUAGUGCCGGAGCAUUACAAACAUACCGAAUUCUGGAAACGGGAGAAGGCUGUCUCCAUUGAAGAGGAGCAUGAGUCGGAGAAGCCCCUGUCCGGCGAAGAAACAGCCUACGAUACCGCCACCAACUUACCAAGUGCUUCAUCGUUUGAGGAGGCCACUCAAAUUCAGAAUGAAGAAGCUUUGACUAACCUCAGAAAAAAGGAUAGUAACAGGACGGAGACAGCAGAUGACAAAGGAACAGAGGAAGAAGAAACUGCCAGAAGUGAUAAUAACGCAAAUCUUCAAACCCCCAGUAUAGCGGAGAAAGGAGCUUCCCCCUCUGCAUCCUCAGCUUUGCCUCGUUUGCGCCGUAGUCCACGCACCGACGAAAUGGAUCAGUACGAAGAACGUUGGAAGGAAUCAGCUGCUGCGCAAAGCUCCGCCGGGAACACACCAUUGAUAAAAGUGGACAAACCGUUAGAUUUUGGUCCUUGGCGCGACGAAUAUGGCCUCGUUAUGGAGGGUUUGAGCGAUUUCUAUGAUUUUACAGCAUCUGUUAACCCUUCGCGAUCCCGAUCGGCAUCCAGAAAUCCUUCCCCAGCUUCCACAGCACCUAAUACCCCUCAACCAAAAGAUGUGUCCUUCCAAAUGCAGGGCGAUGGCCGGGUUACUUCCGAGUCUGUAGUUGAAGUAUACGACGAUACAAAUAUGCUGGAGGAUAAAGAAUUUAGCAAAGAAAACAUAAACAACUUUAUUGAUUCACUCCAAGAAAGCAACAAAGACGCAAGCGACGAAGGCUGCAAAGAGGCCCUCGACCAAUCUGUACCAAACCACCAUUUGCAAUAUGUGUCUGAUGAUCAUACCGCGCAAAAUAUCGCACACUUCCCCAUACCCCUGUUAAAUGUCAUUGACGAGACAACAACGGCAGUUGCGGCAUCUCAGAAUGACAGCAAUGACGACAUGAAUUCCUUGGUUGCCAGCUUGCGAGCACAGCGUAACCGCCGUUCUCGUUCACGUUCUAAAUCUCCCCUCCCAACGCCGCAAAACCUUCAAAAGAGUUUGGAAACACGCCGCUAUAAGAUGAUCAAACACAAUGAGGAUGUCUUGGAGAAGUUAAUUGAAACGAAUUUAUUACCAACGUCGCCAGAAACAACAACUGCGUCCACUGAUGAUGAUGAUGGCGACUCGAUGAGUCUGAUGGUGGAUUCAGAUAGAGAUGUUAGAAGCAGAUCUCGAUCUCGAUUAUCUUCAAGUUCUAGCGCGGAAGAGGAAGCUCGUCAAAGCAGAUCACGUUCGAAGUCGCCGCUGCCCACUUCCGCCAACAUACAACGCAGCCUAGAAUCACGACGCAACAAAAGGAUCAAACACAAUGAAGACAUACUAGAUAAGUUGAUAGAGUCGAAGUUAUUGCCAGCAUCCACCGACUCUUCCCCAACUCCCAGUGCAUGCGAUGAUGCGACUGAUGAUUGUUCCAAAGAAGCCAUGACUCUAUUAGUAGAGUCUUUAAGAGCGGAACGGAGUAAAUCUCGCUCCCGUUCUCGUUGCUGUUCUCCCCUGCCAAGCGUGGAACUGUCUGUAGAUUUCUCUCGCAAUGAUGAACUUUGUGAAAAGUUUUCACAACAAAUGCAGACCACAGAAUCUUCUUUGGUCUUCACAGCUCCUUUGGUGGCUAUUGAGGUCACCGAAGCUGAUACAACCAAUGCCCUAAGAGGCGAAGAAGGUGAGUCUUCUCGAGCACCAAGCGUCUCUUCCCCAGCUCCCAGCCCAUUUUAUGAAUCUACUGAUGAUUGUUCCAAAGAAGCCAUGACUCUAUUGGUAGAAUCUUUGAGAACGGAACGUAGUAGAUCUCGCUCCCGUUCACGUUGCCGAUCCCCCCUGCGAAGCGUAGACAUUUCUGUAGAUUUCUCUCGCAAUGACGAAACGUUUUCAGAGACCACAGAAAUUCCUUUGGUUUUCACAGCUCCGUUGGUAUCCAUUGAGGUCACCGAACCUGAUACAACCAAUGUCCUGCGUGCCGAGGAAGAGGAGUGCUCUUCAACUCACAUGGAUUCUCUAGUACAAUCCCUACGUGUAGCUAGAUCACGUACCCGUUCGAAAAGUCCCAUGCGUCUCCCAACAGCGGAAAAUCUCAGCAAAAGCUUAGAAUCUAGGCGCAGUAAGCUAAUUGAGUUCAACGACGAAAUUCAGCAGCAGCUGGAACAAAGGGCCAAGACUCCGGAACCAUCGCAGUUGACAGUGGAAUAUGUUUACGAAUUUGUUGAAGCAGCCGAAGAGAGUGCCGAGAGUUCUCUGCAACAUUCUAGACACUCCAGAUCUCGCACUCCUUCACGUUCACCCUCUCUAGGAAGAGAUCAACCCGAGGCCACCGAUGGUACUCCCUUUUCGCGCAAUCCCUCAAGACCUGAAUCGCCAUCCCAAGAUUCGAGUUUUCACUUAAUGCUCAAUCUGGAAGGCUCACAGAAUAAGACGCUCUCGAUAAAAUCCGAGGAACAAGAGUCAACAUUAGCUGAUCGCCAAAAGCAAUUGGAUGAAGAGGCUUUGGACAAACUGAGAAAUGCCUCGGAAGAAGUUGAGCUCCGAACUUUAUCACCGGUGAAUGCAAAGGACCAAGAAGGCAAAGACCUUUUAACUGACCUUCCUUCGGUUGAAACGCGAAAAAAAUUGCGCUGCUCUCCCACCACACCGGACUACGACCGCACCAUAUCGGAGGAAAUGAAGGAUGUGGACCGCAUCAAACAGGAAAUGUUGGAAAAGGGUUUUAAACGUUCAACGUAUGUGGGCGAAUCCAUGGAUUUGGUAGGUCGAGAAUAUGAACCACUGCGGCGAGAGGCUGCGCGUUUUCAGCGUUCCCAAAGUCCUUCACCUUCCUUUUCGGAAGCCCCAGCAGAACCGGGACAAUUAACAGCCGCAGAGAGACGUCGGAUUCAGGAUCUGGUAUUGGCUGAGUUGACAGAUUCUAGUGAAAAAAGAAGCACGGGAGCCGUACCAAAGACCCCUGGGGGGAUCUCCACUGACAGUGAAGCUUCGAUUGACACAGAAAUGCAGGACACCUUGAGAAUCAAAGAGGAAAUGCUUAGAAGCGGUUUCCAACGAUCCACUUAUGUGGGCCAUUCUAUUGAUGCUAUGGCGGAAUAUGAAGAAAUGCGACGCAGAAAUGCCGAAUUCCGUAGGUCUGCGAGCAAAAGUCGUUCGCCUUUGGGAGACAUCGAAUUGGCUGAAUUAAAGGCAAUAGAGGCCGAGUCUGCCCGGCGUGAGUUGAAGGACAUGGUUUUGGAUGAAAUAUCCAACAAUUGCAUGAGCUUUCAGAACUUUUCACGCAGCUUAAAUGCAAACUUUCUCGAGACAGAUCGGCGUGCGUCAGACUCUGCUCUGAUACGAAAGCCCGAAAUGUUAAUGCAGCUGCAAGACGAUUAUGGCGAGGGAGACAUAGAACCCGAAGAGUACCAUCAUUUCCGGCGGUUUUCCUUAGCCCAAGAGCAACCGGUGGAGGAGUAUCCAGGGGAUGAUUAUAUUUUCAUAGAGCAAGUUGAGGUUAGAACUCGAAGUGGAUCCCGCCUUUGGGCCACAGAAGACUUCUAUGCUGGGGAAAAUGUUGACGAUAUGGAAGCAUCUGAAGAGGAUGAAAAAGACUUUGUUGCUGAAGAGGCAGAGGCAGAAGCAGAAGAAGAUGAGGAACGCGAGGAGGAAUUGAGUACAGCCGAGCGAGGUUAUGAAGAGGAUAACAUGUCCCAUUCCAAAGAAACCUCUCCUGAUGCCACUGCCGAAGAUCUGGGAGAAAUUGAGGAUAACAGCAGCCAAGUGGAUGACAAUGAAUUGUACGAAUUUGACGACAACGAUGAUGAUGAUGACGAAGACUCGAACGGCAGCGAAGAUGACCGUCGAACUGUCAUUGAAGUUGAUGACGAAAUCGACGAAGACAUUUCUGAUUUUAAUGAUCGUGGCCCAGCUGAAGAAUCCCACCACGAACAAUCGGAGUGUGAAGAGGCGGAACGCGAAAUGGAUCGCUAUGCGGGACGGGAGGCCAGUGACUGGGUUGAAGUCGAUAGAGUUGAGAGGGUGUUUUCCUUGGAACAAGAGGACGAACCCCUCUCUGAAGAUCCAGAAGGUGCUGUGGGUGGUGCUGGCAGUUCACCCUAUGACUCUGACUCCUUCGCCAUUGACCAGAUCUACGAUGAGGCUAUUCGAAACCGCAAACAAUCAGGCAUUCUCAGGGAAUUUGAUAACAUUCUCAGCGAAUUGAGCAAAAGUUCCCGUGAAAACUCAAUUAAGGACAUUGACGAGCAAUAUGCUCUCUGGUCCAAAACGCACAAGAAGUCCAAGAACAUAGAAUUCAACAGCAGCUUAAUUGAUAGCGAACGGCGGGACACCGAAAUGCGUUAUCUGGGAGAUGCCAAUGUCCUAGCCCGCCAGUCCAUACGUCUGCAUUCGCGUUAUGGCUACAACCCAAUCUUACAAUCGUCCACCAAGCCUGAUGAUAUUGAAGUUGAUCUGAACUACAAACCCAAAAGGGAAUACAAUUGGCGUAAAAACUUUAGGCUGUCCGAUGAUGAUGUCACUGCAAACAAGAAAACCGAAACCCAAGAGAAUGGCGAUGGACAAGUUGAAUGGGAUUUGGACGACCGGCUAGAUGAUGUGCCAUCGGAAUCGUUUGAUACGAGAAAAUACAGCUUGGGUGGCGAGAGUGUGACUCUAUUCAGCCGAAGUCCCGAAAAGACUCAAUCAAACCUGGUACAAGAGCCAGAGCCAGAAACCAUCAAUGAAAAAUUAGAGGAGGUCAAGGAGGUUGAGGCAAUGCCACUAGCUGAAGUGAGUGAGGAGAAGCAAGAGAAACCAAAGAAAAAGAAGACAAAAAAGAAAUCUCGCAAAGGUUCCAAAAGCAGUGUCGAGGCUCUAGCCAGAGACGAUGACAACGACAAUGAUGACUAUGAGCCGCCCAUCUAUAGUAGACGCAGUAGCAGCAUUCAAAUGGAAAUGGAUUCACCAAAACGAAAGUCGCGUUCUAGACGCAGUUCUCGCAGUAGUCUUACCAAUGAGGACUCCUCCCUGGGCAUGUUCUCGCCCCGCAGUAGUAUUGGCUAUGUCGAUCCCAUUGGUGACAUAAUGGAGGAGUACGCAGAUGCCAAGGAGACUGCAAGACCCAAGAAAGUAAAGAAACGCAAGAAGGUCAAAGAAGUCAUGGAGGUAAUGGCCGAUGUUACAGAAAAUCCCCGAGAAGAGAUGUACAAUGGAGCGGAAAGUGAACUGCUGCCGGACAUUGAGACAACAGUUUCUGCGGCCAUAACUCCUGAAUCGGCUAGCGUCAACCUCUUGUCCACUCUCAGUCCCCAAGAAAGUAUUUGCGUAACUCCCGGUUCAGAGGAGUCGGAAUCUAGUCUCAACCUAAACCCAACGACCAACGCCAACAGUAGCAGUCAGCCCACAUCAAGUACCCGUCCCUCAAUCUCUCUCAGCUUUGACAUACUGAAGGACGCCAAUUUCUAUCCGCUCUUCUAGCAGCUCAAAUGCAACCAAAAUCACUCAAAACACUUUCAUGAAAUAGAAUUUAGAAAAAAAUCAAAAAAAAAAACAAA